AAAAAAUUAUUUGGAAAAUAAUUUUUAAUUUUGAUAAAUUGAAUGGGGCUGAAGAAUGACAACUGGUUACUCUUUGUAUUCAUAUUCGUGCUGACUACUGAUGUUGUGACAGCAGAUAAGACAAAAGUCUGGUGGGGUCGUUACACUCCCGACGUCCGGCAGACGACAGACGUUCAGGACGCCAAAGCGAGCAAAGAUUUCCGGGUGUCGUCAUCGGGUAAUGACGCGGGGUGGGGCGAGGAGUUCCGCCCCAAAGACCAGUACAGCCAGGACAACCAGCUGACCUGGCCGGAGCCGGACUUCCGGCCGUUUCAGGCCCAUGACGCGGACGUCCAGUGGCCGGACAAGUCCAGCAAGAUGCUUGACUCUGGCACUUCAGACGUGAGUCUUUAUGUCUUCUGUUGUUUUUUUAACUGCCUGUCCUGA